AUGUCGCUAUUGGAUACGGACUCUUGCGAUUGCGGACGUAGCGAAUUGGAACUCUUUGAAGUUAAGCCCACACAGACGAGUAUAGAGGACAGUUCAUUCAAAGAGUUCCAUCCUAUCACUUCCCUGGACAAGGGUGGUCCAAUUGAAUUUAGGGUCAACGCCGCCGAAGACGAAUAUUUGAAUUUGGGAGACAGCUUUUUGUAUCUGAAAUUCAGGAUACUGGACAAAGAUGGUGCAGUACUCACGACAGCGGACCCAUUUCCCGAUAAAUCGCUGGUGUUUCCCAUCAAUUAUUUUAUCGGAAGCUAUUUCAAACAAGUUGAGGUUUAUGCCAAUGGAAGACAGGUAGGGGGGCACGAUCAGAUGUACGGCUAUCGAUCGUAUCUCGAGUCCACCCUCUCGUUCUCGAAGGCAGCAAAAAGUGACCAGCUCCAAAUUGGUGGAUAUUACAAGGACACAGCGAACCCCGAUCUACAGGGUAAUACCGUGAAAACAGGAACAAGUGCAAACAAAGGCGCCAAUGCUCGCUUUAAGUGGACAAAAGGCAGUAAAACGGUAGAGUGCCUGGGGCAGAUUCACAACGAACUCUUUGCGCAGAAAAAAUUAAUUCUGAUUCAAGUAAAACUGACGGUAAGAUUGGUGAGACAAGACCCCAGUUUUGUCUUAAUGGCCAAGGAUAACAACCAGGAGUACACGAUUAGUUUGGAGGAAGCGAUUUUGAAAAUCAAUAUCAAAACUAUUGCCGAACAUGUUCGCCUUAGCCAUGAGGAACGUCUUUUGCAAGGACCCGCCAAAUAUCCCGUAACAUCGAUUCAAAUGAAGUUUUAUACACGUGGCGCCAACCGUUCGGAUUUGUCAGAAAAUAACUUGUUACAGGGUCGUUUACCGGGAAGAAUCGUCGUAGGAUUGGUGGAGUCCGACGCUUUCAACGGAACGCUGGACAAGAACCCGUUCAACUUUCAGCACUUCAAUGUGUCGAGUAUUACGUUGCGACAAAACCGAACGCCAGUACCGUUUGAAACGAUCAAACUCGAUUACGGCAACGAUCAGUUCCUACCCGGUUACUUCACGGUAUUACACGGAACUAACGUUUGGGGAACUGACCAGGGAAUAGGUAUAAACACGAACGAGGAUUAUCCGAAAGGAUACGCUCUCUACGUCUUCAACCUGUUAGCAGAUGAUUCCAACGGUUCCAAUUUCAACUUGGUACGUGAAGGAAACAUAAGUCUUGACAUUCGUUUGAAAGAACCAGCCGAUAAGAGUAUAACUAUUGUAGUUUAUAUGGAAUUCGACGCUAUUGUGGAAAUUGACAACAAUCGCACAGCCACCUUCAAUGAAUAA